CUCACACCCCCUUCAUGGACCGUAGCUUGGAAACAAGGGGUGACUAGACAGCUGAGCAGUGUUGGCUAACGUUAAAUAAUUCCCUAGUAAUUUAGCUAACGUUCAUUAAAGUCGGCUAAAUCGGCUUGAUUUGGAGAAAUAUGCCGAGGUUCAGGGUUUUCUGGUCACAUUUGGUGUCGACCUUCAGUCUGUGCCUUCUACUUGCCGAUUGUGCGAAAGGACAAUGCCAGGUACCUUCGUUGAAGCCUGGCGUAGAAUUAACCGAUGAGAGCGCUGGAAUGGACACUUUCCCCGAAGGAUCAAAUGUUACUCUCCAGUGCGGUAAAGGACAUUUAAACACCAGUGGGAGUGGAGUUAUACAUUGCACAAAUGGAGAAUGGACCGCUGAAACACUUCAAUGCCAAAAAAAAUCGUGUGGCUCACCUGGGGAGUUGUUAAAUGGGAAAUUUACCACCCCAGACGGAACGGAUUUUGGUGCGACCGCUCAUGCUUUUUGUAACCGUGGCUUUGUCUUGAUUGGAACGGCCUAUAGGCAGUGUUAUGAUUUUGGUUGGAAUAAUCGCCUGCCUGAAUGUGAAGUUGUGAAAUGUGGAGAUCCUCCUAAAAUUGACAAUGGAAAAAUCACCAGUCUUCCUUCCGGCGAAUUGUAUGUAUUCAGAGAAAUUGUAACCUACACCUGUGACAGAAACUUCAACUUUGUUGGAGACUCACAGCUUGUAUGUAAUGAAGAUGGUAAAUACAAUGGGACUGUCCCUGAGUGUAAAGAUUUGAACUGUCCGACUCCAAUAAUUGAGCAUGCUGAUCGGAUUGAAGGAGGUCCACCACCCUACAAGCUGAAAUACUUUGUAGUCUAUAAAUGCAGAGAUGGCUAUGAAAUGAAGGGCGAGAGGAAGCUAGUGUGUGAAGCAAACGGGUGGUCGUCUGACUUUCCAACCUGUGUUAAAGUUCAUUCAUCAACAACGCCUACCCCUACAAAACCAGCCUUGCCUCCUGCCCUCCCUUGAGGGUCCCUUCGCCUCGGGGAUUAGGUGCUGCUGGACCUCCCGCUGUCUGAACAGCACUGCUCUACCUGUCUGGGGGUUUUGAUCACCACAUAACCACAUAACAUGAAACAAACAUAAAUCAUGACAUAACAAGUUUGUGAAAUUAUGACACUAAACUUUAUAACAUGACAUGGCAAGACUAAAAAAUAAAUGGUAACAAGAACUAAACAUGAAACAUGACAAGACAAUGAAACGUAACAGGAAAUAAAACAUAAAAACAUUGCGAGACUAGACUAACAUAAUACGUGACAUGACAAUAACGUAACUAAGACAAUCACUGAACAUGAAACAUGACAUGACAAACAUGAAACGUGACACAGUCACCCAUUAUAACAGAAUGGCCCCAAAGGGAACAAUUUGGUAGAAAUUGAAUAAUUAAAAGAUAAUGGAAAUGAUAAUGAGCCAAACCUGCAUUGUGUUAACAUGAACAAGUUCAAGAAAAACAUGAAAGAACAUAAAAUGUGUCAUUUCACAUGGCUCCCCUAGGACUGAGUUUCAGUGUUGAUGUUAGCUGACACACAGAACAUGGAUUCCAACUAUUUUUUCUGCAGUUCGCCCUCCACCCACAUUCAAAGGAAAUUGACUCUGGCUUCAUUGGGUUAUUGAAGAAAAGUAAGGUACAAAGAUAAAGUGGAAAGAAAGAGACUACAACAGCUUGUGCAGUACAUAGUAAUAAAUAAAUAAAAUAGAAUAAGCCAUUCCCUGCCCCCUUUUUGCUGUUAUUCCCUUUUGACUUUAUUUUACCCAAUUUUUUUUUUAGAAAUGGUGAUCAGGCUGUCUGGAAAUUAUUGACAAUACAUGUGUUUAUAAUCUGCUGAUUCCUCCUUACACACACAAAGAGGUCCAAAUCUUUGUUUGCAUUUUUGCAUCAGGACAGCAAUAAACUGCUGCUUCUGGAUAAUAAAAUGUAAAUGUUACAUGUUAACAAAGAAUUUACCAUUUUGUGAAUACUUGCUUUUCAUAAUUGUUUAAUUUCAAAACCUGAAUUUGUGCUUCAGGUCUCUGUGUACUAGAAGUUAUGUUAGUGCCUUUUAUUAUUGUUCAAUAAUCACAAUUUUCUGUAAAAUUCAGUAAAAUUGCUUUUCACUGAA